UGCUCGAUGUUUCUCUACGUGAAAUACAGUGACGGACGUUCACCAUUCGGACAUGCGUCGUUGAAAACAAACGUAUAACGUUACUGCACGGCCCGGGCGACUCGAUUUUUAUGCGAAGCAGCAGUUAGAUUUUUUUUUUUUGCCGUUUCUUGUUUUUACUAAACGUCCAACACAUCAUUUAAGUAUGGAGACUAUUUUAGAGCAGCAGCGUCGCUAUCACGAAGAGAAAGAAAGGCUAAUGGAUGCUAAAACAAAAGAAAUGUUGCACAAGAAGUCCACGCUACGGGAUCAGAUCAACUCUGACCACCGAACAAGAGCGAUGUUGGACAGGUAUAUGGAAGUGAGCGCAAAUCUCCGAGACUCCUAUGAAGACAAAGAUGGAAUGAGAAAGGAUGAACUUGCUGCCAUCUCAGGACCAAAUGAGUUUGCAGAGUUCUACAACAGACUGAAACAGAUAAAGGAGUUUCACAGAAAGCAUCCGAAUGAGAUUUCCAUUCCCAUGUCUGCAGAGUUUGAGGAGCUGAUGAAGGCCAGAGACAACCCCAGCGAGGAGGCUCAGAACUUAGUGGAGUUCACUGAUGAGGAAGGAUAUGGCCGCUACCUCGACCUCCAUGAUUGCUUCCUGAAGUACAUCAACCUGAAGGGAGCUGAGAAACUGGAGUAUAUUUCCUACCUGUCUUCAUUCGAUCAGCUGUUUGACAUUCCUAAGGACAGGAAGAAUGCAGAAUACAAAAAGUAUUUGGAGAUGCUGCUGGAAUACCUGCAGGACUACACGGACCGGGUCAAACCUCUGUUGGACCAGAACGAUCUCUAUGGCAAAGUGUUGUUAGACUUCGAGAAGAAGUGGGAUGUGGGGACAUUUCCAGGCUGGCCUAAAGAGACGAGCAGUGCUUUGACGCAUGCUGGAGCUCAUCUGGACCUCUCUGCUUUCUCCUCCUGGGAGGAGUUGGCCUCUUUGGGUCUGGACAGAUUGAAGUCUGCCCUCAUGGCAUUGGGACUGAAAUGUGGAGGGACUCUGGAGGAGAGAGCCCAGAGACUCUUCAGCACAAAAGGCAAAUCCCUGGAAUCACUGGACCCUUCACUGUUUGCCAAGAAUCCCAAAGCCAAAGGCCCUAAAAAAGACACGGAGCGUAACAAGGAAAUUGCCUUCCUAGAGGCUCAAGUCUAUGAAUAUGUGGAGAUCCUUGGGGAGCAGAGGCAACUGACUCAUGAGAACGUCCAGAGGAAGCAGGCCCGGACCGGAGAGGAGCGCGAGGAAGAGGAGGAGGAGCAGCUCAGUGAGAGUGAGAGCGAAGAUGAAGAUAAUGAGAUCAUCUACAACCCCAAGAACCUGCCGCUGGGCUGGGAUGGCAAGCCGAUUCCAUACUGGCUAUAUAAGCUCCACGGACUGAACAUCAACUACAACUGUGAGAUCUGUGGAAACUACACCUACAGGGGACCCAAAGCCUUCCAGAGGCACUUUGCAGAAUGGAGGCAUGCUCAUGGUAUGCGCUGUCUUGGAAUCCCCAACACUGCUCACUUCGCGAAUGUCACACAGAUUGAGGACGCUGUCUCUUUGUGGGCAAAGCUGAAGUCCCAGAAGGCGUCAGAACGGUGGCAGCCAGACACAGAGGAAGAGUACGAGGACUCGAGUGGAAAUGUGGUCAACAAGAAGACCUAUGAGGAUUUGAAGAGACAAGGCUUAUUGUAGAUUGAGGAGAAUGUGACUGAGUCACACAGAAGACAUGAAAAACAUCUGAUGAGCGUCCUUUAAUUUUUUAUCACCCACCUUUCUUUUUAUUUGUAUGUAGUAAUGUUUUACAGGCUGUGCCCCACCCUCCAUUCCUCCCUUUGAUAACAUUGUAAUGUGGCAAAGAUUGAUCAUUAUAAUAAACUGAGUACUUUUGUUUCCA